UUCAGUACCGAUCAGUCGCUACACGCCAAAAUAAGAAAAAUCCCAAGGCGAGGAGGCGGUUAUAAAAUUCAACCAGUCUCGCCUCCUCUUCCUAUCUCACUCCUCGCUCUUAGCUUCCCCGCCAUGGCAACAUCCAUAGGAGCUCUCUCAAGAACCCUUUUCCUCAUCACAUUAAUCCUCGCCAUUUCCUUGUUCCUUGCACCGCACGGCGGCCAUGCCUUGAAGCUCCCGUUUCGGCCCACUGAUAUUCUUCCAUUGUUGCCACAGCAGCUCUCGCGCCCUAUCAUCAACUAUCUGCGCCAUGGGCGCAUUGCAGAGGACAACUUGCCCGUCUUCGUGGGCGCCGCUUCGGCCUCCGACACCGCCAAUAUUCAGUGGAAGGCGCCCUGCUUUGACCACAACUCUGCUUGGUUGGAGCUCCACAACAAGAGCGGCACUCCAUUUGGGGGCGGCGCUCUUCACAUCAAGGUAAGCAAGGCACACACCUGGUACUGUGAUGAUACUUAUCUGUUCGCCACUGCGUAUCGUGUGAAAUGGGAUUACUUCUUCUUAUCUCGUGAACAUAUCAUUGAAUUCGACCAAUGGAUUUCAAAAGCUGAGUUAGAAUACGUUAAAACCACUGGGGUUUCAACUUUUAUCACGGAUUUUGAUCUGUUAGGAGCCCUUCAUAUGCUAAGGGAAGUGUUUCCUUUGAUCACGAGCGAGGGAUGGAGUGAGAGGUCGAAUAUCAAUUUUCUCCAGAAACACAUGGAGGCUUCAUUCAUGAUACGUCCUAAGCGACGAUGGAUAUCAACUAAUAUUUCUACUGACGAUAUACAUUCUGGAGAUUUACUAGCCAUAUCGAGAUUUAGAGGCCGGCAGGGUGGUAUCCAGACUUUGGAGAAGUGGGUAACAGGUUCUUAUGCGGGUCAUAUCGCGGUUUGCCUGAAGGACGAGGGAGGAAAGCUAUGGGUGGGAGAAUCUGGGCGUGAGAAUGAUGAGGGAGAAGCUGUUAUUGCCAUCUUGCCUUGGGAGGAAUGGUGGGAAUUUGAGUUGAAAAAAGAUUACUCAAUUCCCAAUAUUGCAUUGCUCCCUCUUAGCCCAGAUAUUCGGGCCAAGUUUAAUGAGAGUGCCGCUUGGGAAUAUGCUAAAAGCAUGGAUGGAUUGCCUUAUAGUUAUCACAACUUAAUAUUUAGCUGGAUUGACACUUAUAAACUAAAUUACCCAGAACCCUUGGAUCCUCAUGUGAUGGCUUCUGCUGUGGCAAUUUGGAAUCAAGUACAGCCUGCAAAUGCGGCUAACGUGUGGAAUGAAGGCUUCAACAAGCGGCUUGGAACUGAGGGGCUUGGUUUCGCUGAAAUUCUUGACGAACUUCACCGGCGUGGAUCAUGUUUUGCACAAAUAUUGCCUAUUCCAGAGCAGGAUGAUUGGGUUUACUCUGAUGGCAAGUCUACAUCGUGUGCUGCUUUUGUUCUUGGAAUGUACAAGGAAGCAGGGCUGUUUGGUCCACUUGCAAACCUCAUUCAAGUUACAGAGUUCACUAUUAAAGAUGCAUACUCGUUGAGGUUUUUCGAGGAGGAUAAAAAUCGGUUACCAAAGUGGUGCAAUGAUCCGUACAAACUACUUCCCUUCUGUCAAAUUCUGGGAAAGUAUUUGAUGGAAUUGCCGGGUUACAAUAGCAUGGAACCCUACGCUCAUAUGAAUGAAAGGUGCCCGUCUAUGCCUCCAAAAUAUCACCGCCCAGUAGGUUGCUGAUCGAUCAUCAUAUCAAAGGCAUUAUAGUAAGUGCAGUAUUACAGUACCAUAUAUGGAUUCAUUCUUUCAUAUUUUCUCUUCAGAUCAGAUUAGUACAACACAGGAUUGUGAAGAAUGU